GUCUCGACGAGAGUACCGUUUUCCGUGCACACUCAGCCUUCUACUUUUGCGCAGCCAUGACUUCCGUUAGGGAAGUUCACAAACUGGCGGUUCCCGUUGCCGUUCACGACUCUCGUCCACGAGAUCGCAGAAGAUGCAGAGACUGAACGCGGCGAACGAUCUGGCACGUAAGGCGCGGCACAUCGGGGAAUGACAUAGCGGUGAAGAAUAGAGUCGAAUGCUGCCGAAGGUGGACGUUGAAGCUUGAAAAUCACACGUACCGAGACAUAACUAUUUGCAAAGAUGUCGAAACGAUCGGCAGACAGUGGGGACACCAGUUCCCAACCAGCUAUCAAAAAAGUGCAAUUUGAGCCAAUUCUAAUCGGACCUAUAUCUACUCUUGAAGAGAUGGAUAUGAAGGUUCUGCAAUUUCAGAAUAAGAAGCUUGCACAGAGAUUGGAGCAAAGACAUAGAAUGGAAGCUGAAUUGAGACAACGUAUUGAACAAUUGGAAAAACGUCAAAUGCAGGACGAUGCAGUACUUAAUGUAGUUAAUCGAUACUGGAAUCAGCUUAACGAAGACAUACGUGUACUACUGCAGAGAUUUGAUGCUGAAACUGCUGACGAAUCUGAAAACAAAAAUGAGAGUGAAGCUACAACGUCAUUUCUUAUGCAACUAUCUUCCUGGGAUAAAGAAGAAUUAGAUGAGAAGUUAGCAAAUCGUGUUCAAGUGUCAAAGCGAGCGGUGUCUAAAGUUGUACAGGCAUUUGAUCGCUUGUCUCAAAGAAAUGAAAAGAUUACUCUUGCACUCAAAGGGGAAUUUGAUGGCGAAGAGGCGCCAAAUAUUGACGAAGUUGUACGUCGCGCUAAUGCGGAAAUUCAGAUGGAAAAUAGGAAUCUACAAGUGAUAAACUUACAAUUACAUGAAAAGCAUCACACUAGUUCAUUAAAGAUGUCACGGCUGCAAGAUACUAUAAUGGGAAAAGAUACUCUUGUGGCAGAAUUGCGGAAUCAAGUGGACGAUCUGCAGUACGAAUUGAACAAAGUGCGUGCGAGGAACGAUAAAUUGGAACAUCAUCUUGGUGAAGCAAUUGAAAAGUUGAAAGCAUUUCAGCAAAUUCACGGUACAGACGAAAAGGGCAGCAAUAAGCCGAAUACUUUGGUUGCUUCCAGUGUUUCACAAACUAAAUUGGAAGAUUUACAAAGAGAACUUGAAGAGACACGUGAAUUAGCUAACAAUAGACUGCAGGAAUUGGAUAAACUACAUCAGCAACAUCGUGACACCUUGAAAGAAGUAGAAAAGUUGAAAAUGGAUAUAAGACAGCUGCCCGAAUCGGUAAUUGUGGAAACGACAGAGUACAAAUGUUUGCAAUCACAGUUUUCUGUGUUAUAUAAUGAGUCCAUGCAAUUAAAAACGCAGUUAGACGAUGCCCGCCAACAAUUGCAAUCGAGUAAGAAUGCACAUUUGCGCCAUAUCGAGAUGAUGGAGAGCGAAGAGUUAAUGGCUCAAAAGAAAUUGCGUGGAGAAUGUAUACAACUCGAAGAUGUCUUAGCGCAAUUACGCAAGGAAUACGAGAUGCUUCGCAUCGAGUUUGAACAGAAUCUAGCAGCCAAUGAACAAACAGGUCCGAUCAAUCGGGAAAUGCGGCAUCUCAUUACCUCUCUUCAGAAUCACAAUCAGCAAUUAAAGGGAGAAGUGCAUCGUUAUAAGCGAAAGUACAAGGAAGUUUCUACUGAAAUACCUCGGUUAAAGAGAGAAGUAGAGGAAUUGACAGCAAAAUUAGGCCAGCAAACGUCUCAAGAAAACAAGGAAGGAAAUAAUUCAGAUGGCAGUGGAAAAGAGGAAGAUGCAUCAAACUCCUUGCCAGGGUCUACACAGAUAAAAGAAGAAAGUGGCGUUACAAUCAAGAGAGAAUCCGGUGCUGACGAAGAGGUGGAAACUAUCGAAGUGGGAGAGAGUGAGGGUAACAAAGGGACACCAGAUUCUCUGACGUUAACUUCGCCGACUUUAAAAAAGGAGAAAGACAUUAAACGUGAGAAGGAUAUAAAAAAAGAAUCUGUGAAAACCGAGCACCGCGAUCCCGCACAUCGCACCAAAGACGGAAAAAUGGCAGAAUCAGAGAUUGUGAGGGACUUGAAGGCACAACUCAAGAAGGCUGUGAAUGAAAUGAAAGAGAUGAAACUUCUCUUAGACAUGUACAAAGGUGUUGGAAAAGAGCAACGAGAUAAAGUACAGUUAAUGGCUGCAGAGCGUAAGACGAGAGCAGAGUUGGAGGAUUUACGACAGCAAGUUAAAAAAAUUCAGGAAAGUAAACGCGAGGAACGUAAAAAGUUAGCCGAUGAAGACGCGCAAAUAAAAAUUAAAAAGUUGGAGGAACAAGCGUACAACCUGCAACGUCAAGUUGCUGGUCAAAAACAGGAGGAAGAAGCGCUUCUGAAUGAGAUGGAAGUAACUGGACAAGCGUUUGAGGACAUGCAGGAACAGAAUUCGAGACUGAUACAGCAGCUGCGUGAAAAAGAUGAUGCAAACUUCAAGCUUAUGACAGAGAGAAUCAAGAGUAAUCAGCUGCACAAGCUCGCAAGAGAGGAGAAGGAUGUGUUGAAGGAGCAAGUAUCCACGCUGACGACGCAGGUGGAAGCAGCCAACGUUGUCGUGCGAAAAUUAGAAGAGAAAGAACGUCUCUUACAAAACUCUCUCGCCACGGUGGAGAAGGAAUUAGCUCUGAGACAGCAGGCGAUGGAAAUGCAUAAACGGAAAGCGAUAGAGAGUGCACAAUCGGCCGCCGACUUGAAACUCCAUCUUGAGAAAUAUCAUUCCCAAAUGAAGGAGGCGCAACAAGUUGUAGCGGAGAAAACAAGUUCUUUGGAAGCUGAAGCAUAUAAAACUAAAAGAUUACAGGAGGAGAUAGCGCAACUUCGACGCAAAGUCGAGCGUAUGAAGAAGAUCGAACUCGCCGAAACAUUAGACGAAGUAAUGGCGGAGGAAUUGCGGGAAUAUAAAGAAACGUUGACGUGUCCUUCCUGCAAAGUGAAGCGCAAAGAUGCCGUACUCACGAAGUGCUUCCAUGUGUUCUGUUGGGAUUGCUUGCGCACGCGUUACGAAACGCGACAGCGAAAAUGUCCGAAAUGCAACUGCGCCUUUGGCGCUAACGACUAUCAUCGACUGUACCUGUCUACAUGAAGAAGAAGGUGCUGAUUUGCUGAAAAGAUUCGCCGCCGCGACGUAGAGUAACGUUUUGUAAUGUGUUACGUACGCAUACUUUUGUUUCUUUUUUUAUAUUAUAUUAUAUUGUAAUCUUUUAUUUAUUACUCUGACUUUUUUUAUGAAAACGGCGCGAUUACACCCCUGAUAUGCGUUGAUACGCGACUGUAAAUCAAGAAUUUUAGUGAGUUCUUAUCAAGACCACUGCGCAUGGAAAAAAGAAUACGUAAAUCGUAGAACUUAGCGAAUAACAAUCGAGAAUUCUUGAGAACGGACGAUUUGCUUAUCGCUUAAGUUUAUUAUUUAUGUUUUUUUUAUGUGUUGUGGUCUUUAUACUGCCGACUGACAUAGGAUGAACUCUAUUUGGUGUUACAAAUUGCCGCGAAUCAUUUCAUUAAUCAAUCGAGACAAAAGAUUUUUGCCUCUUUUGUUGUUAAAUUGAUUAAUAAAUGUUUUAGUGUUAGUAAAGCUAAAUGAAGUGCAUUCUUACAAAUAGAAAAAGAUAGAGUAAAAAUGUGUCAUGUACAUGUAUGCGUAUAUGAAUGCAAGAGAGAAAGAAACAAUUAGAUUGCAUUUUUAGUCGAUCAGCGCGAAUAUAUAAGCUGAGAAGCUUUUAGUUUUAUAAGGUGAUAUAAAGAAUGAUUUAUACUCGAUUUAUCAUUUUGAUCUCGUUUUUAAAGUAAACUUGCACGAAGUUUAAAUCAAUGGUUCCCAAUUGAGUGAUUACUAUUCCCUGAGAAAUUAUGUUUCCUGUCUCGAAAGAAUGUUUUUAUAGGCAUAGAAUAGAAACAUUCUGAAAUUCUGAAAUUAUGGAAUUGGUGAUCACCGAGGAAGUUUGGGUAGUCACCGAUUUAGAUCGGCAAUCGCGUUAGGCUGAAACAACUAUAUUGACUGAAUCUGAUUGAUUGACUUGUUAUACAUCAAUCAGACUCAAUUGCUGUUCAAAGUUGGAUUUGUCGAACGCGAGUAAUGUUUGAUUAUAUCUGUACAUUGUGGAGGAUAGGGAUCGCAUAAUCACUUCUAUUUUUAUUAUCGAAUUGAGAACGUGAAUUGAGAAGUCUCGAAGGAAUGAUCGAAUUCAUUUUCGAUUACAUUUCGGAACCAACAAUUGGCAAUUUAUACGAUAAUCAUUAUAGCUUAUAAAAAAAUAUUAAUUUAAUUCUUUAAUCGGUAUGGUUCACACAAAAAUUCACUUUGUCUAUUGCUUAUAAUAUACGAGACAGGCGAACUGAUAUAUAAACAGUAAUGUCCUGUACAAGAUUACUCGAUAUUAUACAAUAAUAAAAUGAACUUUGUUGCUAAUCGUGAAUAUUUUAAUGGUUUUCAUCGAAAAUUGCUUAUUGGAAUUGGAGCCAAAUGAAAUCAGCGAAAUGAAACAAAAGAUAUAUCCUAAAUUUAUAUAUUUUAUUUAAGAACUGUGUAAUAACACAAUUCUAUAUAUUUUUAAAAAUAAAAAAUGGAUGAAACAUAGUAAGAGAGAAGGAAAAAAAAUAUAUAUAUAUAAAAUCUCAAAUUAAGAAAUAUAUUAAUUUAAAAAUUGCAGAGUGUCAAUGUUAUAGCAAACAUUGUUUCAACAUAAUAAACUGUAUUCAUUAUAAAAUUGAAAUAACUAAUUUAUUCUCCAUUAACAAUUUAUAUUUUCUCGUUAAAUGGUUAAAUAUUCGAUUACUAUAUUAGCUCAUGUAUCAUAUAGUAUAAAUCAUUUUCGAAUAUUUUCGCUCGUACGGAUACUAUGAAUGCAGGCAUACAUGUGUGUAUGCAUUCGCGUAUCUCAGAAAAAGAAAAAAGAACUAUGUAAAUAAUUUUAAUGAAAACUUAUCAGUGCAUAUAACUUUAAUCGAAUAAAAUAGUCUGUUUUGUAGAUCUUUAUUUCACUCGAUCGUAUGUUCAAAACCAUUUUUCUAGUUUUGAUGAAUCCCAGCUAUGUUGUAAUGUAAAUAAAUGACAUAUAAGACAUCAUUUAAAUAAUGAUGUGUAAGUACGAAAAAUUGUGCAUCUCUAUAAGGUAUCCUACCAAAAAUGGCUACCCCUUUUAUCUUUCAAAUUAAAAAAGAUAGACCAUAAAAAAUAUAUAUCAAAUUGAAUAGUCCAAACUGAACUCUAUUGUGAGCAUAGUAUAAUUUUUUUUAUAACAAUGUGGAUAUUUCGAUACAAUAAAAGUUGUAGCGCUAUUUGUAACGAAUACAAUGUAUGAUUUAAUGUAACUAUUUUACAUGUUAUACGAAUUUUAUCAGCUUAAAAUAUUGCGGGCGACAUCUACCUUUUUAUUUUCGGCCCUGCGAUAUGGCCAACUUCUGACUCGUGCGUUAGAGAUUGAUGUAUGUCAUGUUGUCAUUUGAUCAUAAUACUCAAGUCAGAAAAUUGGCCAUCGCUAAAUAACUUUUGUAAGCAACUACUAUGCUCAAUAAAGUUCAAUUUGAAGCAUUUAAUUUGUUAUGGUCUAUCUCUGUUAGUUUAAAAGAUAAAAGGAUGUGGCCACUUUUGGUGGAACAUCCUGUAUAUAUCAUGAAUAACUAAUGAAAUUUUCUGGAGAGAGAUCUGUUUCUUUUUAAGUUUAAUUUUCCAUGCAGAAAAAGUCAUUGGAAUGUAUACUAAUGUAGAAGCAUUUGUGAAAAAUAUGACAUUACACUAGAAAAAAAAUAAUUUUUAAUUUUUUCAUUUGAAGAAAAGCGUGAUUUCUGAAUUAAUUUGUAUAAAGAUAUUCUCUUGUUAUUUUCAUCCGAAACACUGCCUAAAAAAACUAUUUUUAACUACUUUGCAUUUAGAGAACCUGUAAAAAUUGGCGAGAAAUACUUUAAACUUGUUUUUUCUUAUCGUUAUUAUAUAUUGUGACGAUAUUUUAUCCUUUGAGACGCAUCUCUUAUUUUUUUCUAUUUUUACUCGUUAAAUUCUUUUUAUCAACUAGAUGAAUCGAUAAGCACGUCGAAACAAGAAGUAACACUUGUAUCCUUCUUUAUAUUAUAAAAUUAGUUAAUUGUGACAACUUUGUAUUAUAAUUGAUAUAUGUGAAACAUGUGUUAACUAUAAAAGGGAUAUAUAUUUGAUAAUGAAAUCGAAACAUACAGCUCCUAAUAAUUAAUGUAUAAGCGGCGAGAAAAAUUUUUUUGCGUUUAUU